UUCGUUACUGUGGACCCCGUGUUGAUCAAACACACACACACACCACACACACACACACACAGGAGGAAGCAGAGGAGAGAGACAUGCCACUCAAUGUAGUACUGGAAGGGCAAGCCCCAUGGGGGUUCCGACUGACGGGAGGCAAGGACUUCAACCAGCCCCUGACCGUAUCCAGGAUUACUCCGGGCGGCAAGGCGUCCAUGGCCAACCUGUGUCCGGGAGACCUGAUCCUGGCCAUUGAGGGGGAGGCGGCUGUGGACAUGCUGCACUGUGAUGCCCAGAACAAAAUCAAGGAGGCCACUUACCAGCUCAACCUCAGCGUGGAGAGGCCAGAAGUCAGACUAUGGUCACCUCAAGUCGCAGAAGAUGGCAAAGUGAACCCUUUCAAAGUCAAUCUGGAAGCAGAGCAACAGGAGUUCAAACCCAUCGGUACUGGCCACAACCGCAAGGCUCAGCCCUUCGUGGCGGCGGCCAACAUCGAUGACAAGCGUCAGGUGGUCAGUACGGCCUACAACACGCCCAUAGGACUGUACUCCUCAGGCAACAUCCAAGAUGCGAUGCAGGGACAGAUGAAGGGUCUUGUCCUCGACAAACCUGAGGGCAGCAGGACCUUGACCUCCAUCGAGGAGUCUGAUGUGUACCGCAUGCUGCAGAAGGACCAGGAGGAACCCCAGGAACCACGACAAUCAGGCUCCUUCAAGGCCCUGCAGGACUUUGUCGACAGUGAUGGCACCCGCCCCAUUGUGACAAGGACAGUCAGAGCCCCCACGACUAAGCCAGCUCCACCCAUUGGCAACCUUCAGAAGCUGCCUCUCUGUGACAAGUGUGGGAACGGCAUUGUGGGGACAGUAGUGAAGGCCAGGGACAAAUACCGCCACCCCGGCUGCUUUGUGUGCACUGACUGUGACGCCAACCUUAAACAGAAGGGCUACUUCUUCGUGGAGGGGGAGCUUUACUGCGAGACCCAUGCCCGAGCUCGUACGAGACCCCCGGAGGGUCACGACCUCAUCACCACUUACCCUUCGGCAUAGAACCUCAACAUCCUGUACUCUCACACCUGCAGUGCCCUCACACAUACCUUUCCACUCUCUCUUUGACUCACACCAACACCCUACCUGUGUCUGCAUACCCUCCCUCUGUCUAACUAGGUUGCCAGAGAAAACCUGUUUUUACUUGUACUUGCAUUUUGUUAUCAUUUGAAUGCUGUGUUUUUCACAUAAUCCUGAAGUGCACUUGUGAAUACACUUGUCUCUGCUGUCUUCUUUUAAAUAAAAGGGUGUUGGCCCAUACUGUGGUAACCACAGAUGUAAUAAUUUAUUAGA